AUGGAGAAAAAGUCCCAGGAAAAAGAAGAAAGGGCACUGGAGAAAAGACUAACUCAGGAAGACAGUAAACUGGCCAAGGAAGAGAGGCACACUGCUGAGAAAGAAAAGGCAAUAGCCAGGGAAGGAAUUGGCAUAACUAAGAGAAAGGAAAAAAUUACCCAAGAAGAGAAGGAAAUUAUGGAAGAAGAAGGUGAACUGCCUGAGGAAGAAAGGAAGUUGGCCUAUGACAUUAGGAGCAAGGGGACGAGUAUUGCCAGGGAUGAAAAGAAGAGAAUCGAAGUGGAGAGGAUACAGACGACAAGGAAACUGGAUAUGGGGACGGGGAUUAGUUCUGAAGGAAAAGAGGCUAGUUCCAGGGGAAAAUAUAUAAGGAAGAAAGAGAGUCAACUGUUGAGGAUCCUGACAAAAAUAACUAGAGAAACUAAUACAGAGCCAUUGAAAGAAAUAGGAAUAUCUGAGGAAGAGCAGUCAUUCAUUACGGGAAAGAGUGGAAUUGAUGGCCAGAGGUGGGAAUUUUUUAAGGAACAGGAGGAAAUAACCAAAGAAGAGAAGGAGCAGUUUCAGGAAGAAAGAAAACUAGAAGAUGAUAGACUGGCUGCCAAAGAGAGAACACUGACGGAUGAAGAGAGCUUGGAGGACGGCCAAAGAUUCUUAGAGAAGGUCCAGGAAAACAUAUUAUUAGAUAAAAUCCAGGUAGACAGCAUGUUGAAGGAGAUUCAGCAGCAAAAUCUGUUAGGAAAAAAGCAGCUGAAGAAGCUUCUGAAGAGAAUUGAGGAGAAUAAACCAGAAAAGAGCCAGGUAAAGUGGUGA